AUGGACGGUUCUGAGAACCAGCCAGCGCGGAGCUGUCGACUGCCCGGACCGACUGCACCCUCGAGAGGCCUCGCAGAAAUGAGCGAUUCGCAGCACAACACGCGCAUCCCGCUGCCCCCGCUGCCCACCUUCAAGGGCAUCAAGCGGGAGAUAUCGCAAGCAGCUCCCCAACCCGACGCGAAGCGCAAACCUCUCUCCGAAAAAGCCACCGAGUACCCUUCCAAGCCAUCCCUGGCAACGGCCAAUCCUCACCGAAGCACCAAAGGCCAAUCGUUGUGUUCAAUGUCUCAGCCUAAACAGCCACAGCAACCCACCAGCGUCACGCGGCCCGGCCCGGCCUCGUCGAGUAGCGGCGGCUUCGCCAAGAGCUAUGGGCCCGGCCGAAACGUCACCGCCGAUCGACACACGGCCGCGAAGAACGGCAACCGCUUUGGCCAUGCCCGAUCGAAAAGCCAAGCCCCUCGUCCGCGAACCGCCCACGGCCACCGUGACGAGGUCCACCGCGAUGACGUAUCCAUAAACAGCGCCUGGGACGUCGACGGCCGAGUUGACAACAUUGAGUUGGAAUUCAAGGAGCUCAAGAACAUGCUCAACGACACACUAACACAGAAGAAAGGUGACGAGGAUGCGUUCGAGUUGGCUAAAGCGAGAGUUUCGGAACUCGAGGACUGUAGGCGGAAACUCGAAGAGCGCCAUGAGAGGCUUAAGGAGGAGCUGGGCGUUGCCAAAGACGACGGGCGGCAGCUGCGACACGAACUCGAGAAGCAGCAAUGGGACCACGGCCGAGCAGUCGACGACCUCGAGCGCCGACACCGAGAGGCCGUGGAAGACGUCGAACGACAACAUCGAGAGACUGACCAAGAGAUGAAGGCGCUCCAGGAGCGCAUCGAAGCCUUGACGCGGCAUCACCAGCAGGAUCUGGAAGACGAACGUCAGCGGAUGGACAGAGAGGGGAAAGAUCGCGAGGUCCAGGAACACCGGUCCAGAGCCGAGAGCCUGCGCACAGAGCUCGAGCGCGAACGAUUGCUCAAGGGCAGCUUGCAAACCAGCAUCGCGGAGCUUUCGGCAUCCAACACGACGCUUGAGGCCAAGAUCAACUCGCUCAAGUCGCAUGUUGAAUUCCUCGAGUCCGACAACAAGGCCCAAUCGGACUCGUUUGCCAGCAUGGAGGCUCGGCUGCAAGAGGCGCUUCGCAUCGCCGACGAAGCGAGACAGAAGCUCAUCAAGGAGGAGACGGAGCGGCGCGUUCUAUUCAACAAGUACCAGGAGCUCAAGGGCAACAUUCGCGUCAUGUGCAGGGUGCGGCCGGCCCUGGACGGAAGCGAGGGCGAAGAGGCCCGCAUGUCUUUCCCCGACGACAAGACAUCGGCCGAGAUCCUGCUAGCCGGACCGGAGGAGAGGAGCAGCUUGGGGAUGAACGAAGAGAUCUUCGGCGAGAUCUCGCAGCUGAUUCAGAGCGCCCUCGACGGAUACAACGUAUGCAUCUUUUGCUACGGCCAGACGGGGUCCGGCAAGACGUACACCAUGUCGUCGGAUGACGGCAUGAUCCCGCGGGCAACGCACAUGAUUUACGAGACGAUGACCAAGCUCAGGGAGAAGUCGUGGGAGUACACGAUGGAGGGGUCCUUUGUCGAGGUGUACAAUGAGGAUCUCAACGAUUUGCUCUCGCCCGCUCACGAGCGCGUCUCAUCCGAAGGCAAGCCGCGGAAGCUCGAGAUCCGUCACGACGAGGCGCGCAGGCAGACGGCCAUUCUCAACUGCAAGUCGGUGCACCUCAACUCUGCGUCGAGUGUAGAGCGAAUUCUUCAGGAGGCGCAGCGGAACCGGUCGGUAGCGGCGACCAAGGCCAACGAGCGGUCGUCGCGCUCGCACAGCGUCUUCAUCCUGAAGCUCGUGGGCGAGAACGCGGCGACGGGGGAGCGCUGCGAGGGGACCCUGAACCUGGUGGACCUGGCGGGCUCGGAGCGGCUGAAACAGUCGCAGGCCGAGGGCGAGCGCAUGAAGGAGACGCAAAGCAUCAACAAGAGCCUGAGCUGUCUGGGCGACGUGAUAGAGGCACUCGGCCGGGGCUCGGGACACGUGCCGUACCGCAACUCGAAGCUCACGCACCUGCUGCAGUAUAGCCUGGGAGGCAACAGCAAGACGCUCAUGUUUGUCAUGGUGUCACCACUCGAGGUUCAUCUCAAGGAGACGCUGAUGAGCUUGAGAUUUGCCACCAAGGUACAUAACACGCAUAUCGGCACCGCAAAGGCGACGAAAAAAAUCAAGGGGGGAGAGUCGUAG